UCCAUUGUCGUAUAAAUGAGCGUGUUCCGCCAUUGUGCGCGCAUUCUCCAGCAAGCCAAAGAAAGGUUGGGAGCUCGCUCGAACACUCGCUUGACAAGAUGAGGGAAAUUGUGCAUCUCCAGGCCGGCCAGUGCGGAAACCAAAUCGGUGCUAAGUUUUGGGAGGUGAUCAGCGACGAGCACGGCAUUGACCCAACUGGCACGUACCAUGGUGACAGCGACCUGCAGCUGGACAGGAUCAACGUCUACUACAAUGAAGCCUCAGGCGGGAAGUAUGUGCCCCGUGCCGUGUUGGUGGAUCUGGAGCCAGGCACGAUGGACUCUGUGAGGUCUGGACCUUUUGGUCAGGUCUUCAGACCGGACAACUUUGUUUUUGGUCAGAGCGGUGCUGGUAACAACUGGGCCAAAGGUCACUACACGGAAGGGGCGGAGCUGGUGGAUUCCGUCUUGGACGUGGUGCGAAAAGAGGCGGAGAGCUGCGACUGCCUCCAAGGUUUCCAGCUCACACACUCCCUGGGCGGAGGCACCGGCUCCGGCAUGGGUACUCUGCUCAUCAGCAAAAUCCGAGAAGAGUACCCGGACCGUAUCAUGAACACCUUCAGCGUGGUGCCUUCCCCCAAAGUGUCGGACACAGUGGUGGAGCCCUACAACGCCACGCUGUCUGUGCACCAGCUGGUGGAAAACACGGACGAGACCUACUGCAUCGACAAUGAAGCUCUGUACGAUAUCUGCUUCCGCACCCUCAAGCUCACCACGCCCUCCUACGGCGACCUCAACCACCUGGUCUCCGCCACCAUGAGCGGCGUCACCACCUGCCUUAGGUUCCCCGGGCAGCUCAACGCUGACCUGCGGAAGCUGGCGGUCAACAUGGUGCCCUUCCCCCGUCUGCACUUCUUCAUGCCGGGCUUCGCUCCCCUCACCAGCAGAGGCAGCCAGCAGUACAGGUCGCUCACCGUGCCCGAGCUCACCCAACAGAUGUUCGACGCCAAGAACAUGAUGGCCGCCUGCGACCCGCGCCACGGCCGCUACCUCACGGUAGCCGCCAUCUUCCGCGGCCGCAUGUCCAUGAAGGAGGUGGACGAGCAGAUGCUCAACGUGCAGAACAAGAACAGCAGCUACUUUGUGGAAUGGAUCCCCAACAACGUCAAGACGGCCGUGUGCGACAUUCCUCCCCGGGGCCUGAAGAUGGCCGCCACCUUCAUUGGCAACAGCACGGCCAUCCAGGAGCUGUUCAAGCGUAUCUCCGAGCAGUUCACAGCCAUGUUCCGGCGUAAGGCUUUCCUCCACUGGUACACGGGCGAGGGCAUGGAUGAGAUGGAGUUCACCGAGGCCGAGAGCAACAUGAACGACCUGGUGUCCGAGUACCAGCAGUACCAGGACGCCACCGCCGAGGAGGAGGGAGAGUUCGGCGAGGAGGAUGAAGAGGAGAUGGCCUAAAUGUUUUUCCUGUCUUUUCAAAAGCUCAACUAGUCUGUUCCAAACUUUCUUGCUGAAGUUUCUUCCAGUUUUCAGUGUUCUGUCUGCUGUCAAUAAAAGUUCUUGUGCAUACUGGAAA